AAAUGCUCCGUGGUCUUGCCGCUACCGGCUAUCGUUUCGUCAACGAAAUGCUCGUCCUCAACAAGAACUUCUUCCCUAAAGGAAUUUUACCUGCUUCAGUUGUUCCAGAUGUUGUCGACACUGUUGCUGUUGCUGAUAAGAGAGGUGAAUUCAACGUUUAUGAAGCUUUCCCAAUUCAAAACCCAUGGACCAAAUACACUGAAAUCCCAUACACUGAUCUCUCAAUGUGGGAAAAGGCUGAUCGUUUCGUCACUUUGGCCUACAGAAGCUCUAUGCGUUAUCAAACUUUUGGUCUCUUAUAUGAUGAUAUCCUCAACGAUGAAGAUCCAAUGAUUAUUGAAGCUCUCAACAGAUUGCCAGAAGAAGUUCGUCGUGCUCGUGAAAAGCGUCUUGCUCGUGCUUUUGACUUGUCUGUUAACCAAAAGAGACUGCCAAGAGAACAAUGGACUAAGCCAGAAGAUGACGUUGCCUACUUGCGUCCAUACGUUUUGUGGGUUCGUUCCGAAAUGGAAGAACUUGAUUCUGAAAACUUGAAGAGAGAAGACUUCCUUCCAUUCUUCAGAGUUUCUCCUGAAGAUUACGAAACUGGAAAGGCCUUCAAGCAAAGAUAUAUUGAUUAAAUUUUAAACCACGAAGGGGUGUCUCUAAGACUCUAAAGGCUCAUUAACAUCGUCAAUGGAAGAUUAUUAUAAAAAACAUAAAAAUUAAUAUUUAAAAAAA